GUUUGACUCUGGCAACACUGGAUGUCAGUUAAUAGUGACAGUGAUGGCGUUGCGUAUUUUUCAAUUUUAAUUUUGCUCAUUUCUCAUUUAUUGUGCUCUGCAGUGCUUGUUGUGUCGUUCAAACAUUGAAAUUUGAAAUCACAUGAAGUACCAGUACCACUUUCAUUUUAGCAGUUAACUAACAGUGUUGUUAUAGUUAGGUUUUGGUGUUCUAUAAAUUAUACAACAUAUACAAAGGUUAAUUGAAAUCUUUUUUAACUCAUUGUAAGAGACUGGGUAAAGCCAGUUUUAUUUUAAGUCACCAUGUCCACUACUACAAAAAAUGGUUUAAAUGGUUCGCCUAGAAAAAGAGCCCGUACCGAUCUUGAAACCAAAGUUACCGUUGUUUUGGGAGCUCAAUGGGGUGACGAGGGCAAAGGCAAGGUUGUGGAUAUGCUCGCUACUGAUGUAGAUGUUGUCUGUCGGUGCCAGGGUGGCAACAAUGCUGGUCACACUGUUGUGAUUGGCGGAGUUGAGUAUGAUUUCCACCUCCUUCCCAGUGGAAUUAUUCAUUCCAACUCCAAAUCAAUCAUAGGAAAUGGAGUUGUCAUACACUUGCCAGGUAUGUUUGAUGAAAUUGAAAAAAAUGAAAAAAAAGGCCUAAAAAAUUGGGAAGAACGGUUGAUUAUAUCAGAUAGGGCACACCUUGUUUUUGAUUUUCAUCAACAAGUUGAUGGUCUACAAGAACAUGAAAAUAAUCAGAAAGGGCAAGGUUUAGGAACAACGAAAAAGGGAAUAGGUCCAACAUAUUCUUCAAAAGCUACCAGAAAUGGUAUCAGAAUAGGAGAUCUCUUAGGAAAUUUUGCACAAUUUACCAAAAAAUUUCAAGAAUUGGUCAACAUGUACCAAAGAAUGUUUCCUUCACUGAAAGUUGAUUUCGAUUCAGAAUUGCUAAGGUAUAAAGAAUACGCAGAACGAAUCAGACCACUAGUGAGGGAUACUGUUUCUUACCUAGAUAAAUCAAUAAGAACAGGAAAGAAGGUGUUAGUGGAAGGUGCAAACGCAGCCAUGUUAGACAUUGAUUUUGGUACUUAUCCUUAUGUGACGUCAUCCAAUUGCAGUGUCGGUGGCGUUUGCACUGGUCUUGGAAUCUCUCCUCAUAGAAUUGGAGAUGUCAUUGGAGUUGUUAAGGCAUACACGACUAGAGUUGGAGAUGGACCUUUUCCUACGGAGUUGCAUGAUGACAUUGGCGACUUAAUGCAAUCUCGCGGAGGUGAAAUCGGUGUUACCACCAAGCGAAAACGUCGUUGCGGUUGGUUAGAUAUAGUCCUUUUACAAUACACUAAUAUGAUAAACGGGUACACCGCCUUGUGCCUCACCAAAUUAGACAUUCUGGACACUUUACCUGAAAUUAAAUUAGCCGUAGGUUACACUUUGAGGGGCAAAAAGAUUGAAUACUUCCCUUCGACUGCAUCAGACCUUAAUGAGGUUGAGGUGGAAUACUUAACCAUGCCUGGUUGGAAGGAGAAUAUUGAAGAUGUAAGGGAGUUCAAAGAUUUGCCUGCAGAAGCUAAGAACUAUGUUAUUAAAGUUGAGGAACUAUUAAAUGUACCAGUGAAAUGGAUCGGCGUAGGCAAAGGCAGAGAAUCGAUUAUAACGAUCCAUGACUAGUAUUAUUUAAGUGAUUUUAGUCCCGACUGUAAUGUCUAUUUUAAGCCUAAUAAAAAGAAAUUUGUUUACCGAUUAGGUAAGUUCAAGUUUUUUAACUAGGAACUUACGUCUGGUUAUAAUGCGUUAUACAUAUAAUGCAGGGUGUUUCAUUCAUAAGUGUGUAUAACUUAAGGAUAAUAGUAAAUGUACUAGUAAUUGUGUCCUUGAAUCUGCGUAACUGGUUCUUUCAUCCAUUUCAUCUUAUCUUAUGAAACUCACUGUAUUUGUUUAAAUAGGCGUUUGUGUGACGAUUGUAGUAUUAAAAGAUUUUGUAUAAACAAAAUUUGUUGUCCAGAUUGGGAUUAGUAAAAGCUGACAAAUCUGUAUUGCCUCAAUACGCCUGUAUAUUAGAUUUUGAAAAUAAAAAUGUUAUUCCAAAAUAACAGAAAAAAUUAAGUUAUAAUGAAUAGUUUCUAUUUUUCCGCCCACAAUUCUAUUAGUAAAAAAUUUAGGGUAAAUUUAUAUAUUUAGAUGAUUUAAGGUUAUGAAAUAUCUGAAAACUUCAAUUUGAAAAAUUUUUCGUAAAUUUUCUUUCAAACGCUCUGUAUAACAUUUGAAAACUUCUGGAAAAUCUUUAAAAUGUCCAAAUAUUUAGAUUUAUCUUGAAAUUUUUAGUAAUAGAAUAUUUGUUUUGGAAAAAUGAACAGUAUUCAUUGUAACUAAAGAUUUUGAUCUAAUAUAAAUUUGUCAGUUUGUUUCAUAAGAUAAGAAAAAUAAUAAAACAUCCGGUGUCUUGGUUAUAAGGAUUUAAAGACCCAUUAAUGUACCAUUACAGUAUGCACAUUUACUAACGAAACAACCUGUGUAUGAAUAUAUUGAUUUUAGAAUUAAAAAAUGUUUUCAGAAUCGUUUGUUUGUAAUGUUUAGUUUAUUUUACGUUUACAUUAUAUUUUGUCAAAGUUUUAAAUAUCAAUCAUGAAAAAUGUAUUAGUCAUUGUUCUUAAAAAAGUGUACGUACUUAAAUGGCUUUAAUCCUCAUUACUUUAAUACUUGGUCAAUUAUUAUUAAUGCCUUUACAAGUUAUCUUUGUAUCCGUUUUACAUUUUGGAAUUCUUUAUAAAUUAUUGUUUAUUGUUACUUAGACAUAGGCAUCUACGAGUAGUUACGACCUCAAGUGGGUAUAAUAACAGUUACUUAUAAUGUAUUUAAAUAAAUUACAUUCAGAACUAAAUUAUAGUAAAUUGUAAUAAUUUGUUUAAUUUAUGGUAGUCAACAUCGUUUUUCAAAUGCCUAUUUCUUUGUUUUUGUUGAGCUUUUGUAAAAUUUAUACUUAAGCAUUAAUAUACCAAAUAUGGAUCAGUUAUGCCUGUGUUACUUAACAGGAUGAAGUAUGAUGAGAAAAAAAGUAUAACUUAGUGCCUAAAAACCAUUGCGGCUUUCAAAAAGCACAAAUUAUAUUAUUUGUUAUGUUUUAAGUGAUUCUGUUGCAUAUAUUUUAAUUAUACAAUGUAUCAUUUGACAGUCUUUUAUAUACUUGAAUGCUCCCUAAU